AUGUAUGUAAGCUAUAAAAAGAAUGAUGGUACACAAGUUAAAGUUCCAUUAGACAACAACUGCUACUUAAACUUAUAUGGAGACGAACAAAAGAAAUAUUUAAGAGUUUAUGAAAUGGCAGAUAUGACAUUGCCUGACCCAGCUCCAGCACCACAUUAUUAUGACUAUGGAGAUGACGACAGAACACCACAUGUAGACCCAAAAAAAUUAACAUUAUAUUUAGAUUAUUAUAGAUAUAAAAGAUAUAAUGCAAUAGAAAAAACGAGAAUAGUAUAUUAUUAUACAGAUGACAGAAAUAAAUAUUAUAGUCAAGACUGUACCUACCCUGAAAACAUAAGAUUAUAUUAUAAAAAAUAUUCUGACACAAACCAGAAGAAACCUGAAAUAGUUGCACUAUAUUUUAAGUUCAAAAGAGACAAUCCUAUAAUAUCUCAUAUGUUUGAUUUAAUGAACCCAGUAGGUUCUAUUUAUACAUCUAUGGAUGCAAGAGGUCCUCAAGUAAUGUUUGGUGUUGGUGCAUGGGAACAAAUAGUCGACAGGUUUUUGUAUUGUGCAAACUCUUCAAAGGAAACAGGUGGAAGUAAAACGAUUUCAGGUGAAAAUUUACCUGCAUACAGUCAUUACAUAAGAUUAACUACAUCUCAAGCAGGUUGGCAUAAGCAUAGAUAUUGGGAUUGGUCAGGAAUGACAAAAGGUCAAGGAUAUGAUGUUAAAGAGGACGUUAAGUUUGCUAUAAAUUGUUACUGGGAUGACACUCAGGGAGAAGGAAACCAUACACAUUUCGUUUCAGGAUAUACGCAAACAACGGGACAAAGUAAAGACUACAUGCCACCUUACAUGACAGUUUACGCAUGGUAUAGAAUUGCUUAG